AUGUCCAUUCCCGCCUCUGCGGUCUCGGUGGGCGACGAGUGGGGAAAGCACUGCCGACGACCACCCACUCGGGCGCGUCCACCUGGGCGAGGCCGCGUCCGUCGGGUUUCCCGCCAGCAACGGCAACCAAGUGCUGAAAGCUCUCGAGCCACCGUCCUGCGAGCCUUGCCCGCCAAAGGUCACCAUGACCGACGCAGACGUGUCAGAUCCGCUGCCUCGUGGAAGCUCCGCCCGUCCGAGUGCGAGCUCGCCGUGCCGAGACGUGGAACCGUUCCGGAACGAGCACUCGACCCAGCAAGCACGGCACCCCACGCGGUACGGCACCCCACGGUACGGCACCCCACGGUGCGGCACACCGUGGUGCGGCUGGAACCUUGCUGUCGGUCGUCGCACGGUCGUUUGGGUACUCUCGAGACGACCUUGGUCUCGAGUCUCGAGUCGUCUCGAGUCUGGACAGAGGCCGCUCGCCCCGCCGUCCCGUCGGCGUCGUCGCGGCACCAGGUUGGAUCCGCAGCAAGCCACGGCAGCCGGCGACGGGACGAGCCUCGCUCCGUCCUGUUCCUGAAGCUAAUUACCUGGAAAUAG